GCGAUUGCCGAAUGCCGAUUAGUCAUUCUCGUUAUACGGUGUUCCGUAUUUGCGAAAAACAAAAACAACCCAACCGGUUGUAUGGUUGAAAGACAAGUUGGUGAGUCAUACCUCAACACCAUCUCCACAUUCUAUAAUUAUGCUCAAAUGAAUAAAGAUAACAAAACAUUUUAACAUAUUAUAUAGUACAUUAAAACGAUUCGUAUCAAUUGUGUCGCAACUCGCAGUACGACUGAGUUGAAGGUUGUUUCUUAGUUUCGUUCUAAUCUGUAUUCUGUGCUGUCCCAGAAAAUUUCGAACUUGGAGUGUACAUUACGAGCAAAUAAUAAAACAUUUCAGUAAGAAUUUUGAAUAUUGUUGGUAUUAACAAUUCAAUUUAAACAGUGUAUAUGAUGGAGUCAGAAUUGAAAAAUCAGAAUGAUUUAUUACAGCAAUUAAAAUCCUUACGCGCCGAAAAAGAAUUAUUAGAAAAGCAUGUAUUUGUACUUAAUGAGUGUUUAUCUUUGGAAGAAUUAAAAGCUAAAAUAUCUAAUCUGGAAAAAAAAAAAGAGAUGAUAGUAUCAUUAGAAAAUGUAAUUGGAAGAUUGCGUGCUGAGAUUGAACCUCUAAAGUAUUUGAAGUCUAUUUUGAAAACUAAAUUAGGUGAUGAGUAUAAAAUUCAAUCGAAUAACAUUGGGUCAGAGAUAGAUACUGUUUUGGAAGCGCAUGCUGAGAUUGAGCCACUAAAGCAUUUGAAUACUAUAUUGAAAACCAAGUCAGAUGUUGAGAAUAAAAUUCAAUCAACUAAUAUUGAGCCAGAAUUUUGUACUGGUUUAGAAUCUUUUACUUAUUAUCAUCCUAAAUUUAACACGGAAUUGGAAAAUAGUUCAUCUAUUGAUUUUCAAAAAGUAAAACCGGCUGUAUUAAAAAAUUUUAUUUCUGAAAAUGCACAAAACAUUUCUACUGAUUCAGACAAAACUAAUUUGGUUUUGAACCCUGAAUUAAAAAAUGUUUUUGACACAUUCCAAACACCAAUACCAUCUAAAUCGAAUUCAGUAUCAACUGCAAAUGAUGGCAGUCUUGAUGAAUGUAUACAACUAUUGGAUCAAUAUGAUGUAGUUACUGAUCAAGAAAUAUUAAAUUUCCCUACAGAAGAAGUCAGUAUAGUUAUAUAUUUUAUUAACAGUUUUAAAAUUCGAGUUUUAAUAUUGUAUUUUCAGAAUGAUUUGAAAAGUCAAAGUGUUGAUGAAAAACCUACUAAUAUUACUAUUGCUAUUGAAAAUAAAAUACCGGACACACAAUUAAAAGAAAAUACUACUCAUUAUUUUGAUGCUGGAGGCAUUGUAAUAUCUAAAACGACUAAAACCCAUACACCUAUACAAAAAGAUGUAGAAAUGUGUUUGAACAAUUCAGUUGAUUCUGCCUCUGUAACAUAUGAAAAUGAGAGUAGUGAACUUCAUGAGGCUAGUACAUCUCAACCGAGAUCUCAACCAACUCUAAACAAAGAGAGUUCAUGUUCAGAUUCCAAUGUUAGUAUUGGUGAUUUAUUACUAAAAAUACCACAUUUGUUAUUGCAACAAGGAAUUGAUUAUAUUCAAGAUGAAAAAGACGUGAAACAGUCUUUGAAAAAUGAAAAUAUUAAUUCAAAUCAAUCUAAAGAGAAUAAUAAACGCUACAAGAAAAUUGAAUUGAAGACAAUUGAAAAAGAAGUGAAUAAAUUCAUAAAUGACUAUGCAAAUGUAUUUCAAAACAAUUCACAAACUAUAGGUAACACUAAUGUAUCACCCGAGCAAACAGAAUCAGAUAAACAUGAUGAAAUUCCGCCCAAUGCUAGUAAUUCUGAAUGCAGCAUUAAUAGCUUUAAUGAUAUGAAGUUAAACAUUGAUAUUUUGCGUGGAAUAUACUCUCUUGGUUUUGUCAAUCCAACCGCUUUACAACGACGUGUUGUUGUGCACUGCAUAAAUGGGCGAGACAUAAUAGUAUUUGCUGGACCAGGUACUGGUAGAACAAUAAUGUUUACCAUACCAUUACUUCAACGUAUAAAAACCAAUUUAAACGAGUGUCAAGCAUUAGUGUUAGUACCAACUCGAGACCUUGCCGUACAUAUUCAAAAGAUCAUCAUGAGUGUUGGUGACUUUUUGGGUGUUAAUGUGUGUAUCGGUGGUGACAAUGUUCCAAGAAAACUAUCAGUUGUCCCACAUAUAGUUGUCGGUACCCCAGCUGGAGUGUCCAAUAUGAUUUCAUGCAAAUCUCUACGUACUGGAAGCAUUCAAACAGUGGUGAUCAACAAAGCUGAAAAGAUGUUGACUAAUAAUUAUACCAUACUAAUUGAAGAAAUAAUGAGAAAACUAACAAAAACCAGACAAGUCACUUUACUGACAUCAGACAAACUUGAUCAUGUAUUAGACAUUUACAUGGAAUCCUUACGUGAUCCAUUGGUGAUUAUUAAUGACCAAGAAAAAGAAAACGAUCUACUAAAAAAUCUUCCAAAACAGUUUUAUUUAAACAUUCAAAAGGAUUGGAAAAUUAAUGCACUUUGCGAUAUCAAUGAAACAUUGAAAAUACAGAAAUCCAUCAUCUUCUGCAACACUUUGGAUAGAGCUCAAAAACUCUGUGAGUCAUUACAAAGAUUGGAAUAUGCAGUAUCACUUUUUCAUUUGGAAAUGAAUGCACAUGAACGCGAGCAAAAACUUAAUAUGUUUUCUUCAAACAAUAUUAAAAUGCUCAUCACCACAGAUCCAAUCAAAGGCAGCCAAUUUCAGCAAGCUGCUUGGAUAAUAAAUUAUGAUUUGCCUAUAAAUCCUAUUUGUUAUCUAGAUAGAGUGGCCAAAUGUACCGAAAAUAUAAAAGUGAUAAAUCUCAUUGAUGAAGAUGACGACCAAACUAAAUUGGCAAUUGAAACAUACAACAAAUCUUAUAUGUUUCAGAUGCCUCUGAAUAUGAUUGAUUUGUUACAAUAUUAGACUCAUUUGAUGAUUAUGUUAUUUUGAAAUUAAGUAGUAUAAUUACUAUGAUAAAUAAUAGAAUAUACAUAUUAAUAUAUUAUUUUUAUAUUCUACUAAUGAACUAUUCACAAGAUAAGGAAAUGGGUUUCAUUAUUAUUAUUAUUUUCCAUUAGAUUUUAACUUUAUUUUUGUGGCACUUAAGGAUGUUUUUAUAUUUAAGUAUAUUGUUUAUUUUUUUUUUCCUACAAUUUUACUAUCUGUGAUUGAUUUAUGAGUGAUAGACAAAUAGAAUAUUAUUAGAAUGUUAUUCAAGACAUUAUUUUGAAAAAUAUAAUCUAUAUUGUACUAGU